AUGACUUUAUUGUUGCAAAUUGUUUCUGUUGCUUGCUUGGUAUAUCAAAUAUCUGGACACGGUAUGAUGUUAGAUCCACCAGGGAGAAGUUCUUUGUGGCGAUUUAAUAGUUUAGCACCUGUGAAUUAUGAUGACAAUCAAUUGUUUUGUGGUGGCUAUUAUGUACAACAUAUUUUAAAUGAUGGAAAUUGUGGGGUCUGCGGUGAUUCAUACACCGAUGAACAUCCUCAAGAUAAUGAAAAUACUGGUACAUAUGGACAGGGUAUAAUUGCGAAAGAAUAUAAAGGUGGAUCUGUUAUUAAUGUAUCUAUCAAUGUCACUGCUAAUCAUUUGGGUUACUUUUUAUACAGCCUUUGCGAGUUGGAAGAUCCCAAUGCACCUGAGUCGGGAGAAGAUUGCUUCAAAUCACUUUUAUUAGAAGAUGGUUCAACAAACUUCACAGUAACAGAAGACAUGUCUGAAGUUACAAAUAGAGUUGUUUUACCCAAUAUCGACUGUCCCAGAUGCGUAUUAAGAUGGACUUAUGUAACAGGUAACAGUUGGGGUAUAUGCGAGGACGAUAGAUCGAAAGUAGGAUGUGGUCCCCAAGAACAUUUCAGAUCCUGUUCUGACAUCUCAAUUUCCUCCACUAUAUGAAAAAAUAUGAAGA